UCUUAGUGCAGACAUGACUAGAGUCGCGAGCGGGCAGAAACCAGCGCCGAGACCCUCGCAACGAGCGUCCCGGAAGAAAAGUGCUCGGGAACGCCACGGGCCGCGGGUCUGCCUAGCCUGGCCGGGGCUGGCUGGAACUGUGACUGCUGGCCCUAUCUAGCAUCCCCAUCAACGGAAUCCAAGUCAUCUGUGCAAACUCAUUAACCGAAGCAAUUGCGCGCAAUCCACACGAACAUUGCAUAAUUAUGCCGUGAGCCCCACUGGACGCUUCAGUUAUAGUUUCAUGUCAUGCUAAAGCGACCGCGAGUGUUAUAAGUGCUCUUUUUAAUUUUAAUAAGGAAUGUGAUGAAAGUGAACAACAAAAAAUGUAAAUAUGCUAUUUUGAACAAACCGCGCCUGAAUUACUUUGUUUUGGCACAACGCCAAAAUACAUAGGAGAACGCGUUAACUGUAAACAAAUAAAUUAGCGUAUGUUAUAAUAAUUAUAUUACUAUAAUUGUGGUAGAGUACAUAAGAGGGAACUACAUGAGAUCAUGGCAGAGAACGAUGAAAAUAUGGAUAGUGAUGGACCUAUUAUAGACGAUAAUGUAAUACGGAUUCAGUUAAGAAAGCCAAACCAAAGGAAAUGGGAGCUUAGAACAAGGAACCUCUCCCCCAGUGUAAGGUUUCCCACAAUACAACUAUUUGAUUGUGAUGGAAAUCUUUUAGUAGAAACAAACGAUGACAACAUAUCAAUAAAAAGUUCCGAUUUUGAUGUUCCAGCACUAAAAAACUCUCAAUCUUUAAGAGAAAAAGAUUUCAGGCAUGUUAUUCAUAACAGAACCUUAAAGAAACAUAACACUAUAUCCGGUGAUAUUAUAUACACCAGAGUAUUCAGAGCUCCUCUUAAAAUACAAGAUAAUAAUAUCGAUGAAAAACUAAAUGAACGAUAUGUAAUAAAGAAUGACGAAAGUAUAACAAACAUUCCAAAUAAUCUUACCACUAAAGGUUACGAGCCAUACUUACAACCCAAUAGUAUUGAAACAACUCCGUUUCAUUCAGACUUAUCCAGUGAUGUAAGUAGUUUAAAAAGUACUGAUAAUGAAAUGAGUGAUUCAGAGGACUAUGUUUAUGUGCCAAAACCAAAGGAUGAAAAUAUUAACACGAAUAAAAUUAUCAUAAAAUCAUCAACAAGUGACACGUGCACCGACGAAUCUAUCAAAAUCAAACCUAUUGACACAAAAACUCCAGUGGUUCUCAAAUCCAAAUCCUUUAACGACAACAGCAAUUGUACUAAAGACUGCAGGGAGAGCUUAAAGCGUUCGCAUUCCGGAGUUUCCUAUACGCAACCAAAUAAUAAAAUCUCCUUCCUUAAUACAUAUUUAAAAAGCUUACCGCACCGGACUGACUGUAAUCCGGAUUGGGCGGCGCGCGGCCGAGAAACAAUAGGUUUCGUGCAACGUCCACCAAUGAAUAGAACUAAAGCCUGGAAGCCCGGCAGAUUGCGCAGGGACCAUUCUUCCGAGGACCUUUGCAAUGUCCCCUCUGACGUGGCAGCGGAUUACGAACUCAAAAAGCGACUGAAAAUAUAUAGACGGGGAAUAUCGGAGAAUGAACAUAGGGAGCGCAGGAAUGAGUUCAUUGGCAGAAGGUACUCUGUGAAUGACCUGAUGAGGAUGUGCACGAGUUCUUCCGAGAGCCUGGACGAGGCUGAUCUGGUGCUGAGCCGGCUGAGGAGGAGGAUCCUGAGGAAUAAGCUGAGGGAGAGACAUCAAGGUGUUGUUGGUCCCCAAAAGAAGUCCGCUCGCGAAUCAUCGGGCGAGGGUUGUCAGGAUGCCGGGGCGGCGGCGCGCGCCCGGGUAGCGCUCGGCGGCAUGGGCUCCAACAUCAGCCAGCACUCGUCCAAGGGGCUGAAGGGGCGGCGCGCGCGCUCCAGCGGGGACCUCUGCAAUGGGGACUCCAAGAGCCAGACCGAGUCCUCGGUCUGCGGCUCCGUGGUCGGCGACGUCAUGGGCUGGAACCGCUCGCUGCCCAACCAUCUGGACGGCAACCGGCACCUGGCGGACUACAGUCGCAUGAACAACAACUGCGGUGACUUUGUCACUGGCACCUACAAUCGGCAGCACGCUAAGGGGGCGAGAGGACUGCGGUACAGAGUGUCUAAGUCUGGGUCUGACGCGGAGCCGGUGUGGAAGCUGCAGGACCCGGGCUGCGACCAGGGCUUCGGCUCGGAGCGCUCGCCUGAAGAAGACUGCGCCCCCGCGCUGCCGCCCGCGCCCGUCUCGCUGGAGGAGUAUGAGGCUCAGCUGCGCGCCGUGUACCCGUUUAUUGAUGACCAGAACACGUUCACGGUAGUAGUGGAGAAGGACGGGCGCGGGCUAGGCAUGUCAGUCUGCGGGGGCGGCGGGCUGGUGCGCAUCAGGCGGCUGUACCCGCCGCAGCCGGCGUGGCGCACCGGCCGUCUGGCGCCCCGGGACCUACUGCUGGCCGCGAAUGGAGUGCCGCUCGCUGGACUUAGCACUUAUGAAGCGCUGGAAGUCCUCCGCACGGCGGCCCCCAGGGUCGAGCUUCGGGUGUGCCGGCCCCCGCUGGACGUGCUGGAGAGCGUGACGCCCCCCGAGCCCCCGACGCCCCCCGCGCGCACCCCGCACCCGCCGCACACGCCCUGCCCGCCGCCUGACCCGCUCAACUGCCAUCCUAUGCAUGCCAGGCUAUCAGCAACCACCAGCAGUGCUACGACCUCCUCAUCGGAGGGUCGCGGGCGGCGGGACGGCAGCCCCGACGACCGCCGGGACCUCCACCUGCCAGACCUGGACCGUCCGCUGCCCGUCUACGUUGUGCAGUACGGGAACGACGGAUCUGUGGAGUUCGACAUAGUGAUGACGAAGGUGAACGGCUCGCUCGGGUUCACUCUGCGGAAGGAGGACCACAGCGCGCUGGGCCACUACGUGCGCGCGCUGGUGCGGGAGCCGGCGCUCAGCGAUGGCAGGAUACAACCGGGGGAUCGGAUUGUUGCUGUGAACGACACUCCGAUGUCGAACAUGUCGCACGCUGACGCCGUGUCGUUCCUGCGGGCGUGCGGCGCCGAGGUGCGGCUGCGACUGUACCGGGACCACGCCGCCACGCCACUCUCGCCACUGUCGCCUAGGGAAGAAGGACCUACAGAUUCUGAUGCCCCUAGCAGUCUCACUAAACCGAAGCCUCCACUACGACCAGAAGCAGUGUCCAUGCUAUGUGACCUGGCAGCCCGGAGGCUGACUCCGGAUGCGGUAGACGGCUCCCGGUCCCCCUGCCUCUCACCACGCAAGUUCCGCAAGCUCACCAAGGAAAACCACUACGAACAGCCUAUUGAUUGCUCAAGUGGCAAGUCGGUAGUAUCGCAAGGCCGCGGCCGCUCGGAUGUUGAAGACGGGCGCCGACCGAGGGCCUUCUCGGUGACUUCCAGUCCCGUGUCCAGCUCUAGUAGAAAACAAAAACUAAGCCUGACAGUGCCUCCUCACGGAUAUGAGUUAAACAAUUUGGAUAAUGAAACAUUGGAUGCUCCGAAUUUGUACCAGGAAGACAUAUCUCAACAGAGGUAUCCGGAGCCCACAUUCCACUUGGACUCUAACGAGCCAGUGUCUAUGCCAGUGGAGCUGAUAAGCGAUGAAGCGAGGUUCAAGCACAGCAACCCCGCUUACCAAUCAGCUGUUCUACAUACAACUUCAGGCGAUGGAGGCAGCAAUACUGAUGGACAUAAGGAUGAUGGUAAAGGCUUGAAGAAGUGGAAAGGAGUGACGUUGUCUCCGGAUAAUGAGCGCAAGUCCAUAGUAAAGCCUCCUGCCAAUGACGCUGAUGCCGUUCAGAAAGAAAACAUCAAGCCUGACCCGCCUCCAGAGUUCAACACCAACACUGAACCCACGGUGGUGACAGUAGAGCUGAACCGCGGCUGGAACAGUCGGCUCGGCUUCAGCGUGCAGAGCCACCCGCAGUCAGCACAGAGCUACAUCUCCGCAGUCUACGACGACAGCGUGGCCGCGCGCGACGGCCGUCUGCGCCCCGGUGACGUCAUACUACAGGUUAAUGAUGAGAACGUCACAUCCAUGAAGACGCCCGAGGUCAUCGACCUGCUCCGCAUUCUGCGAGGUUCUAUCUGCAUCACCGUGCUACGACCGCCUAACUCACAGUAAAAUGAACCAUAUGCCUUGUGAAUAAGCUCUAAAGCUACUGUAACAAGAAGUAUUUUUUAAAUAUUUAAUUUCAUGUACCUGUGCAGCAAAUUAUCGUGGCUUCGGUCAAAGAUGGCGAUAAGCACAAAAUACUUACUAAAGUUUAUUCCAUCAUCAACAAUACAGGAUAGUUUAUUUUUUGCCAGCAAAUGUAUAGUAUCAAAAACAUAUUUAAAACUGGGAGUAAAAGGGGAAUGUGUAAAUCGUGGUAUCUGCAUAUAAUAUCUCUACUUGAGGCUAUUUGCAUGUUGAGCAUAUAUCUAUACUGAGUGCAUGAUAUAUUUAAAAAUCGUUUGCAUGAGAACAUAAUAAUAUUUAUACUUAAUGUAAAAGUUAAUAGCAUUAUGAGUUUUCUUAAGUAUACAUAAUGAAAAAAUACUACUUAUCUCUCGUUAUGUAAUUCUAUAAAGAGACCAUAAAAUUUAAUGAUUGUGGAAAGUUCCUAAUUGUAAUCAGCGACUAAUAAAAUUAUUUUAAAAGAUUUAUUUCUGCAAUACUUCGUACCUACAUACCUACUGAUAUUUUUACAAAACUCUUCUAACAUGUCGGAGUAAUACAGUGACAAGCAAUAUAAAAUACAUGUAAACACAUACACACACUCAAAAUAUAUCGUCCAAAAUACUGACGU